CAGUCGAAGAAAGCAGCCGGGCUGACCAAUCGUAAUUGUGAAGUAAUGCCACCGGUUGUAAACAGUGUUAGCUAUUUAGUGUGAGCGCAGGUUAAACUGGAGGGACCGAACACAGUGCUUCACGUUUUACUGCAUAGGAAGGUGGGGUAAGCAGGUGUUGCUUAGCGAAAUGGUGCAACUUCACGUGAAGCGUGGAGACGAAAGCCUUUUUCUUUUUAACACCACCGUGGACACCCCUCUGGAAACUCUGAUCCAGCAAAUUACUGCCAUUUACAACGGAAGGCUCAAAGUGGAGAGACUAUGUUCAGAGAUUCCCGAGCUUGUAGACCAUGGCAUCUCACUGCCACCCAACAUGCAGGGGCUGACAGAGGAGCAGAUUGAGGAGCUAAACCUGAGGGAUGAAUGGGGAGAAAAGUGCAUCCCCAGUGGAGGCUCUGUGUUUAGAAAGGAUGAGAUUGGGAGGAGGAAUGGACAAGCGCCUAAUGAUAAAAUGAAAGAGGUGCUGAUGAGAACGGUGGAGGCUGCAACGGCGCUCAUCUCCAAAAAACAAGUUCAAGCCAAUGUUUGUGUCACUGUGGAAAUGAUAAAGGAAGCACUGGAUCAGCUAAGGGGGGCGGUCAUGAUCGUGUACCCCAUGGGGCUGCCUCCUCACGACCCAAUCAGGAUGGAAUUAGAGGACAAGGAAGACCUUUCAGGAACACAGGCGUCUCUGCAGGUGAUCACAGAGGACGAAUGCCAGCUGUGGUGGGCUGCCAAAGAGAUGCAGAGGGGCAAAAAACUGCAGGACUACAUUGGCAGAAAUGAAAAGACAAAGCUAGUGGUUAAAAUCCAAAAGAAAGGACAGGGGGCGCCAGCGAGAGAACCUGUGAUCACCAAUGAGCAGCAGAAACAGAUGAUGAUGCACUAUUACAGAAGGCAGGAAGAGCUCAAGAAACUGGAGGAGGCGGACGAUGAUAGCUACCUGGACUCAGAGUGGUCAGACAGGCAGGCCCUCAAAAGACAGUUUCAGGGUCUCACUAAUAUCAAAUGGGGGCCGAGAUGAAGACCAGCAACACUCUACAAACCCACCUCGGAGCCACUUCUGUCAUCUGGAGUUCAACAGCUCUGUAUUCAGCUGGACAAGUUGCCUUUUCAAAAUCUUAAAAUGAGCUUCCUCUUGGUCUCAUGUGACAUCAUCCAGAUAGUACUAAUGAUUCAGCCUGUGUGCUCUUAUAUCUUGGAGUUUCUCCUACUCUGUAACCGUCCUGAAGUUCAGAUCCUGACAUAAUGUGAAACUGAGGCUGGUGUUUGAUUUAUUUAAAUAUAAAUUUGCUCCCAGUGUUCCUUUAUCAUUUUCACCAUGUUGUUUUUUAUUAAAUCUGUACAAAAAAAA